AAACAGAAAUGGCAUCAAAUAAAAGGAUUAAAGUUGAAUCAAAUAAAUUGCACAAAUUAAAAAUCGAAGAACAGAAAAUAAACCUUCAAGAACGAGCCAUUGCUAUCCGUGAAAAAGAAGUUGAAUUGCGAAGAAAAGAAGCUGAAAUAGUGGCAUUAGAAUUAGCUAAUAAAAAAUGCAAAAUGAAUUAG